AUGCUCGGUCCAGGAGCGCGUCGAAACAAUCGCCAGAAGCAGAGAACGUCCGCGGCAAGGGGGUCGGCGACCACAACGCCUACAUUCAACAUCCCGGAUGGUUUUUUUGCCGACUUUGACAACGCCGCAACAUGGAGCAUCAUCAUGGACGAUCUAUGCAACUACCUUGAGCUACCAGACAUUGGUACGCGGAGCGGGCUGAAGAAGGUGCACGCCAACUUCAACGACAUUUACAGGAAGCUCGACUCGGCAUACGUUGGCGCGCAACGGCGAGGGAACGAGAAGCUCAUGGGCGGCAUUGUCGGCAUUUGGGCCAAGAUGUGCGCAGACGCGAUCCUCAGGGACAAGCUCUUUGACGAAGGACUGCUUUCGAAGAUAAUGCCCCUGCUCGAGUACGACUCGACGCGACAUAUGGCGCUGAACGCGCUCUCGGUUGUUACGCACCAUGGGGGUGAGCUCGCGCGCCGCGAGAUCGCGCGGAAGAACCCCGUGCUCGUACGCCUCAUUCAGGCACAUCCCGACGACGCGAAGGUCAUAGAGCUUGCCACGGUCACCAUGGCACACGCGACGAGCGCCGUGCUCGCGGUAGAAGAUUCACCAGACAAGGGGCUCGUCAAAGAGAUCCAAGUACGCUCCGUGCUCAAGACCACGGUCGAGAAUGUCCGCAAGCCCAUCGCCUCCCACUACAUGAUCGACCACGCUCUCAGUCUGUUGACAAGUGCCACGCAACAUUGUCCUCAAGACUGCAAAGCGGUGCCCCAGAUGCUCACCCUCCUCGUAUCGUGCCUGCGCAGCACGAACCUCACCGCGCGCUGCACCGCUCUCGGUGGACUCUUCCGCCUCACCGCAGAAGAGUCCGAGCCCGACCGGCAGAACUUCGACCCGCACAAGAUGAUCGCCGCCGUUCAGCGACGCUUCCCCGGAAACCUCUCCGACCUCAUGAUGGAUUACGGGCCCGAGCGCUGCGACACGACGCUCACCCUCCGGAGCACCGCAGACUAUCAGCGUGCCAUGAUGCGCUGCGCGCAGGACAAGGACCUAUACGCGCUGGGGCGCACGCUCGCCAUGCUCAUCCAGCGCACCGAGUUCGCGAUCGCCGAGGGCAUGUUCCAGGCGGACGGCCCCCGCGGCCAGCCGGAGACGAUCGACGUCGGGCUGCCCUUCACGAUGUGGACGGACGCGCUCCCGCACUGCGCACGCGCGCUCCGUGCGCGUGGCGGCCCUGCGGACUUGGACGCGGCGGACGUGCUUGACCUCAAGUUCUACAUCAUCCGCGGGAGGAUCCCAGACACGAUCGCGCACGGGCAGCGGGCAGUAGACCGCAAUCCAGAGCUCGCAUAUGCGUACUACGCGAUUGCGAUGGGCGCGGACCACGAGCAGGGCCUGCGCGCGGUGAAGAAGGGGCUGAAGUGCAAGAACGUGACGCCGUUCGUGCGCAACUACAUGCUGUGGCGCGCAGUGGAGCACGCGGGGGACCUGGGUGUGAGCGUGCUGCAGGACGCGAAGGCGGGCGGGUCGAGCCAUGCGGAGGGCGUCGCGUUCUUGGUGUCGGCGUGGGAGGACGCGAAAACGUUCACGGCGGAGGCGCCGCCGGAUAACAGGCACAUGAAGACAAUCUUGAACUGGUAUAUACUCUUGACAAUUGCGAUCAGGGGCCCAGAGUUGAGCGAGGACUUGCGGGAGCUUGAUGCUGCUAAGCGGAAGCUGGACAUCUCCACGCAAUUCAUGACCCACCUCGGGUUGGCGAUCAACAACACGCAGAUGCGCCUCGCUCGUCAGCUGGUUCUCAAGCUAUACCCCAAGGCGGUGGAGGAGUGGGGCGCGUGGGUGAAGCAUUUCGACAAGCUCGAAACGCGCAGGGACAGGCACCAGUCAAUUUCGUCGACGCAGGCGGACGACGACCUUGCUGCAUGGCUUGACAACAUCAAGCUCGACGAUGGCUCGGACGACAGUGCUCAUGCUCACCGGUGCACCCAUCCGACGAUUAGCACGAACAACGUCGCGCUUUACCGCUGCUCGUGGUGCGGGAAUCCGAGUGCGGUGCUGAGGAAGUGUGGAGGGUGUGGGCAGACGAGGUGCGUCAUCUACUACAUGGGAAGUAUACCAAUGGUCUGCUCACGUCUGUUCUCUGAUAGGUACUGUGAUGGACAGUGCCAGAAGAAGCACUGGUCAGAGCACAAGGUGGAGUGCAAGGCCAAGUAA